AUGGCGAGUGAGGGUGAGGUAACACAAGGAAAAUCAAAAGCAAUUUGGGAUCCACCAACACAUGAGAAAUGGAUUGAUUUAGCUGUAGAAGAAGUGAGAGCAGGUAAUAGAAAUGGAUCACAUAUGAGCAAAUUAGGUUGGAAAAAUUUUAUUGAAAAAUUUAAUCUUGCAACAAAAAGAAAUUAUGAUAGAAAGCAAAUGAAAAAUCAUUGGGAUAAUGUUAAAAAAGAGUGGCAACUAUGGGAUUCAUUACUUAGAGGAGAGACUGGACUUGGUUGGGACAUACAGAGGCAAACAGUUGAUGCUCCAGAUGAAUGGUGGGAUGCAAAGUUACAAAAAUAUCCGGAUGCUGCUAAAUUUCGAGUGAGAGGUUUAGAACAUUCUUUCAAACUGGAUGAAUUGUUUAGAGAUGUUACUGCUACAGGAGCUAGAGCUUGGGCACCAACCUCUGGUUCACUGCCUCCUUUAUACACCGAGGAUCAUAAUGAUAUAGAGAUUGAUGAGAAUUUGGAGGAAAGUGAUCAUGAGGGAGUGGGUGAUCCAAUGAAAAAAGAGAAUAAAUUACUUGGUCUAAAUAGAAAGCAAUUUAAGAAGGGAAAAAAAGAAUAA